GUUGUCUGCGUCUCCCGCAAUAUCAGUCUCGUGUAAAAAGCCGAACGGUGUUUGUGCUCUCAUACGUCGGACCACUGUUUGAUGAUGCAUGUUUAAAGACUCUUGUUUUUUAAUUAAUCACACGAUUCUCGCGAUCUCGUCGUGUUUGGAUUAUCCCGUGCAGGAUGUGGGACACUGUUAGCGCAGAUCCCUGCCAAAUGUGCGCCAGAAAGAAAAGAGCUAUGAACGACACGGAAGAUAUUUCGUUAUACGAAGGCACAGCCCCUUUACCAGUAACAUGUACGACUGAUUCUUCUCCCGGCUGUCCUUCCAGGAGAUUGCUGGAAGACAUCGAUUCCAACUCUCACGAUUCUGGCUACGGAGCGAGUUACCAAGGCGAUAAUGGGAAAUUCCCUGUCUAUAUCUCCCCCAACCGGGGCUUAUCCAUGUCUUUCGAAUCUGGGUCGAUCGAAGACGACUUCAUGGAGGAUUUUUCCGACGUGGAACCCUUGGAUAAGCAUCCCACUUUACCGAGCCAUUUCAAUAAGCUGAUCAACGAGCCUUUAGAGAUACGAUCCAAAGGCAGAAAUAGGCAUUCCCCCAAAGACAUGCCAAUGAGGCCAGUGUUUCGUCGGGCAUUUUCCCUGCAAAAUCCCAGACAGACCACCACCCCGAACAGCAGCAGGGUUAGGACGAAUCUAUUUAAUCAGAAUGAGGCAGAAGAUAAGGAGAAUCGGUCUUUUAAACGGCCAGAGUCGCCCAAUGCUUUGGACAAUGUUCUCAUCAAAAGAUCAAAGCUGUUUCUCGAAAAUUCCCAAAAAUCACCACCAGCAAGGCCAGUUUUAAAACGCCCUCUGUCAGCAACCGAGGAAAGUAUUAUGUGCGCGGUUCAAAGGUCGUCCACGGAGGCGGACUUGAUUGGGGACUUCAGCAAAAGCUAUUGCCUUCCAUUGACCAAUGGCAAACACCAAGAUCUGAAGGCAAUCACUCCAGAAACCUUGGCCAAGCUGAUGAAAGGCGAAUUUUCGAGUACGGUCGAGUCGUUUAAGGUCAUCGAUUGUCGAUAUCCGUACGAGUUCAUUGGGGGACAUAUCGACGGGGCUGUAAAUAUUUACACUAAAGAACAAAUCAGCGAAUUGCUUCAUGAAAAUCAUCUCCCCAUAACCAGCCCGUACAAGAGGCACGUUCUCGUCUUCCACUGCGAGUUCUCCAGCGAACGGGGUCCAAACCUAUAUCGCCACUUGCGUAAGGAAGAUCGGGAAAGGAACAUGGACACUUACCCUUCCCUGCAUUAUCCAGAGAUUUACCUUCUGGAAGGAGGUUACAAGAACUUCUUCAAUCAAUAUUCGGAGAUGUGCGUGCCAGUAGCCUACAAAGAGAUGUUGCAUCCCGAUCACAAAGAAGACUUGCGCUAUUUUCGACAAAAAUCUAAGACCUGGAACGCUGACAGUCGCCAUAGACCAACCAGAAGUCUGAAAAGAUUGUAAACACAUUUUUUCUUUCUUUGACGCCCGUUAUAGUACAAAA